GCAAUCCUGUCCAUAUAUACGUUGUGAAUUGCAUUUUUACUUUUGUGUCAAAAAAAUAAUUGUCAAUAAUCUUCUGACCUGUAUUAUUAGAAUAUCGCUCCAACUAAUAAAAUUUUAACAAAAAUACCAUGUCCGACGGUGCAGGCAGUUGGUGUUUAAUUGAGAGCGAUCCUGGCGUUUUUACUGAACUUAUACGCGAUUUCGGUUGCGAGGGCGUACAAGUAGAGGAAAUAUGGAGCCUAGAUCCUGAUUUAUUUAAAGAUCUUGAACCAAUACAUGGCCUAAUUUUUCUAUUCAAAUGGGUACAGGACGAAGAAACGACGGGCACAGUGGUCAAAGACGAUCGUCUUGAUAACAUCUUCUUUGCCAAACAAGUUAUUAAUAAUGCUUGCGCCACCCAGGCAAUUCUUAGUAUACUACUAAAUUGUCAACAUAAGGAUAUUAAAUUGGGACCCACUCUCAGUGAAUUCAAAGAAUUUUCUCAAUCAUUUGAUCCAUUCAACAAAGGUUUAACCUUAAGUAAUGCACCAAAAAUACGUUCAGUACAUAACUCGUUCGCACGGCAAACACUCUACGAGCUGGAUACGAAGAACCAAAAUAAAGAUGAUGAUGUAUUUCAUUUCAUCGGUUAUAUACCAAUUAAUGGACGUUUAUAUGAGCUAGACGGUUUGAAAGAGGGUCCAGUAGAUUUAGGCGCUGUGGAAGCAAAUCAAAAUUGGAUAGACGUUGUGCGUCCGAUUAUUGAAAAGCGAAUGCAAAAGUACAGCGAAGGUGAAAUACAUUUCAAUCUUAUGGCAAUUGUGUCGGAUCGUUUGAAAAUUUAUCAGCAAAAAAUUGAUGAACUAACGAACACUGAUGACGAUUCAAUGUAUACAGACGAGGAUAUGCAAGCUGAAGUAGCUAAGUUGCGUUCAAAAAUGGAUUAUGAAGCUGAGAAGCGAAAACGUUAUAAGGUUGAAAAUAUACGACGAAAACACAAUUAUUUACCGUUUAUAGUUGAAUUGCUAAAAAUGUUGGGUGAGCAGGGCCAAUUAAUGCCUAUCUAUGAAAAAGCUAAACAACGAGCCGUUGAAAGAGAAGCUGCCGCUUCGAAGAGUAAAUCUUAGAUUCUAACCACAUUCAAUUCUUACUUAUGUCUCAUUGAAAACAUUUGUAAAUGCUAAUAUUUAUAAAACUUGGUAAAUCACCACCACCACCAUUCGUUUUUACAUACAAAUAAAUAUAUUGCUAACGGAUUGACUGCCGAGUAGAAUAUACUUACAUCCAUAAACGGAUUCCCUUAAGGAUUGUUUAAAUAUUUGAAAAAUAAAUUGAAUUAGCUGAAUAAAUCGUAAUUUCUGCUAAUAAAAGUA